AUACUUGUCCCCAUGAUUAAGCAUGUAUUUCAUGUAUCAAAAAUGACAACUUUUUUUUUUUUGACCAAAUGAGCAGUUACUGCCUUUUUACUUGGUAGGUCAGCCUGGCCUAGACCACAGCAAGCUGAGGAGAAAUCAGUGUCCAAGAAAAACUCCCUAAAAGGAAAAAAACUUAGAGGAACCUGGCUCAGAGGUGUGACCCAUCCUCUUCUGGAUGUAAGUCGUUUUUAACAUUUUGUUUCUGUAAUGAUGUUCCUUAUGUCCCAGUCCCACUCUAUAAUUUCGAUAGAUGGCGCUAUAUAUUAAAUCAUUUGCACAUUUACUGGGGACCUAUCACACCUUAUGCCUCUGCCUUAUUUCAUAAUUACAUUUACAAAAGUGGGGGCAGCAACAUUUGCUAUAUGAAUGAAUUGACUUUUAUUGACAUCAAGUUGUACCCCACAAAAGUGACGAUAUUACACUUACUGUAGUCCUGUCUUUUUAGCUGCAAACUACUAGAAAUGUGCCAUGCUGAUAGGACCUAGUGUAAGCUCCCUCUGGUGGCAGAAUACCCGAGAGUUUGGACCAACUGAGACUCCGUACUGGAGAGAGAGAGAGAGAGAGAGAGAGAGAGAGAGAGAGAGAGAGAUGAACCUGCUAGAGUCUCCUUUUUGCUUCAUAUCAACACCAAACCUAACGGAUUGACUGAAUUAUGUAGAUAGGAUAUUUACUACACUAUAUUUGGCAUAUUGCCCUCCGUAAAUGAUCAAACAAAAUGAGGCAUUCAUAUCUGCCAUGUCUUUUAUAUGGAAAAACGUUUUUAACAGUAUCUGCACGAAAAAUGAAAUGACCGAUUUUAUCAUCAGAAAUAAAACGGGCUCCAUGCUUUAUUACGUGCAUUUUUUGUGAGUUUUUGUUAUUUUAGUUUUUUUUAAAUGACAUUUACAGAUUUCAUAUAAAAGCUUGGUGCAACAAAAAGGAAAUGCAUUCAUAGAAGAGAGGAGGAUUGCUUGCCACCUCAAGGCAUGCCCCCCAGUUACCCACGUGGGCCCCCUACCUCCUCUCAUCCCCCAUCUGAUGAUUAGCAGAGCGGCAGGCUGUCUACACUCAUUGAGAGCUGGCUCCUGAGUUUUCCUGUGGUUGGCGGUUGCAGUGAAAAAAACAUAUAAAAUCUAUACUACAUAUAAUAUAUACUGUAUAUAUAAUAUAUAAAGUAUAAAUUUCCUUAAUUGUGUUAUUUUACUCAUUUUUUGCUGCCUUUUGGGCCCCUCACAGGCCUGGACCCAGGGGCUUCAUCCCCGGUGAUAGUGGGAGCCAGUGUGCAGCAGUCCAGGCCCAGGGGAGGGACCGACCGAGUGGAUGCCCAAGGCUGUGCGGCAGGGGCGACAGUCUCGACCAUGACUCGGCUGAUGCUGGGCCGGACACUGGAGCGCAUCUGCAAGGCUGUCCUGCUGCUCUGCCUGGUGCACUUUGUCAUCAUGAUGAUCCUCUACUUCGACGUCUACAGCCAGCGCUUCGACCAGAUCUUCAGCCGCUUCAACAACGGCCGCAACGCCAGCCGCAGCGGACACCACUACUACUACAACCUCAGCCGGCCCAACGCCACCUACGCCAGCUACUUGGCCACCGCAGACCAGCUGCUGCCCACCGUACGACCCGAGGGAAACCACACGCCGCCCACUACCAAGCCCAUACCACCUUGCCCGGAGAUACCCCCUGGUCUAGUGGGCCGCCUCCUCAUCGAGUUUGCCUCCCAGAUGACGAUGGAACGAGUGCAGAAGGAGAACCCCAACGUGACGGAGGGGGGCAAGUACACCCCACCGGACUGCCGCGCCAAACAGAAGGUGGCUAUCAUUAUCCCGUUCAGACACAGAGACAACCACCUCAAGUACUGGCUGCACUACCUGCACCCCAUCCUACGACGGCAGAAGAUCGACUACGGCAUCUAUAUCAUAACCCAGCUUGGUGAGGAAACCUUCAACAGAGCCAAGCUCCUGAACGUGGGCUACACCGAGGCCCUGAAGGAUGCAGAGUAUGACUGCUUCAUCUUCAGCGACGUGGACCUCAUCCCUAUGGACGACCGUAACCUCUACCACUGUUACGACCAGCCACGACACUUUGCCAUCGCUAUGGACAAGUUUGGCUUUAGGCUUCCUUACGCUGGGUACUUUGGCGGGGUUUCUGGGCUGAGCAAAAAACAGUUUCUCAAGAUCAAUGGCUUCCCUAACGAGUACUGGGGCUGGGGAGGAGAGGAUGACGAUAUCUAUAACAGGAUCACCCUCAACGGGAUGAAGGUUGUUCGACCGGAUGUCCGGAUCGGCCGCUACAGGAUGAUCAAACACGAAAGAGACAAGCACAAUGAACCCAACCCACAAAGAUUCAAUAAGAUCCAGAACACCAAGAACACUAUGAAGAGAGACGGGAUCAGCACGUUAACGUACCGCGUGCUCCAGUUUAAGAAGUACCCUCUCUACACCAACAUCUCUGUGGAGAUCGGCAAGCCCCCGCCCCGGCCUUUCAGGGGAUAGACAGAUAGAGAGACCCGGUCUGGACAUGGAGAGGGAGGGAGAUGGGGCAGAGAACGAUACUGCACAGUAGAGAGCCUCCAUCUCUGCCUCCACCUCCCUCAGCUCGACGCAGACCCAGAUACCCCCCACUGACCUGGGCUAGGAGCCCGCCAAGAUCCCUCACAGCCCACUCUGAGUGGAGAUACACACCUGUUGCAGUCCAACACUGCUCACAGCUCAAUGAUUACGGCAGGCCUCCAACCUGGGAUGCUGACUAGCUGACUCUUGGGGGACUAACUCUCAGGAAUAGAUGAAGAAGGGGGAUGUAUUAGAUCAGAUUCAUUCUCCUGGCUGGAGCCACAGUGCUGUUCUGGAAAUGUGCAUACUGUACAUGAAACACACAGCAAUGGGGAUGAGGAUGUCCAGAGUUCAAGGGGGGUCAUAUCGACAUUGGAUCGUUGACACGCUGGGGGCUGGGUUUGGGAUUCAGAGGUACUGGAGCAGAACCAAGAAGAGCAGCCCUGAUCUCUCUGUGAGAAUCUAUCUGUCAAUCAGAACAUACUAUAUUGGCGCAAAACGAAUGUGUACUGUCUGUGCCUGCAUCUAACGCAGGCUUUCUCCAUUUCCCAUGUCUCUGCCAUUGACAAAUGGUUCUGAAGCAGAGCGACAUUGUGCACCAACUCCAGUCUCUCUUUGGUCUCUUUUGCUUGUGACAAAGAAUUGUUACUAUCUGUGGAUGGAAACAAGUUUGAGAGACAUACAGUGAAUAAAGACCUAGUGGUGGAUGGGUAUGACUAUCUAAGGAACUGGUUUUGACCUGUUUGUGGAGAAGAGAGGUCCAGUAAAAAGAACAUAAGAUGAACUUCUGGCGUGUGGUUCUAACAGGUGACCAUCAGACGUGUUCUGACGGGUUCUCACUCACAAAGGUUAUAAUAGAUAGUGAUGGGAGUUUAAACCUUCGCUGUUUAACAAUGGAUACCGGCAGUUUUAGAAGAGGAUCAUAUCUUGCUCAAAAUGCAAGACUCUUUACUCAUUUUUUUUUUUUUUUCAUUUUGAAUUUAAUAAAAUGAUAAGGCAUUGAUAACCUAGUGGUGUGAAUUGUGAAUGAUGUUGAUAAGGAGAGUCUAGUAUGGUGAAUAUUUGCAUUGUAGCAUUCAUUCCAUCCAUUCCGAGGCAGAAGCACACUGCACUGAGGUGAUAAGAACACAAUGGAAGUUAGUUAUUUCCUCAGGGUGGAUUCCCCUAGAAUAAAUAGAAAACUAGCCCACAUACAGUAAGAACAAAUCUAAUAUCGUAUUACUAUUAACACUACCAGUGUAUGAAAGCCUUUUAACGUCUUAAGUAAGUACGCUUUUUCUUCUCUCACUCUCUUCUCCUUUUUUUGUACUGCCUAAACACCAAACUGAUGCCUUCAGAAUUUUUAUGAGGGGCAAUGAUAAGGAAUGCUGCAUUUUGGGAUUUUUUUUUAAUGGCGUUCCUUUUGUGUGAAGUGACGUGGAAAUCUUUUUGUACUAUCAAUGGUUUUCUUGGCCAGGCUUGAGUCAGUGAGUAUUUAGAGAUGCUCCAACCAACCAGUUUCCCCUCUGUUUAUUUUGAAGAGUCUUUUAAAGAUGGAGUGCAUUUCCCUUUUUUCCUCUCGACAACACCCUCCACUGCCUUUUAGUCCUCUCUCUGGCAAGGCCAUAUCUCUCUCUUUGUGCCGUGUGUGUCUGUGAACACCACAAUGUUUCUCUGUACUUGGCCAUCUGAUGAACACACAGGCAGCUCUAUCUGAAGCACAGUGCUCCUCUAUAGAAAUAUCAGCGGGAUUUCAACAAUCCCUCUCUCUCUUUUCUCUCCUCUCUCUCUCUCAUUCUGCUUUUUCAUUUUUCCGUUCGUUACUACUGGUGUGAGUUGCUGUGCCCUUGGAAAAGAGAGCACCUCGCAAAGUGAAUACUCUCCUCCCCCAUUCAACACUGGAGACUGAGGUCCUUUUACACUACUCUAUUUAAAUGUAACUGUCAAAUGGAUGUACUGUGUAUGCACUGCUCUCUGAUGACUGUGGGCCACAGGAUUUAGAAUUUCACAUAUUCCUGCCUAUGUUCCCAGUAUAGUAUAUGAUUAAUCAGGCUGCCAAGCUUCUGCUUUUAUGUUCAAUGCUGAGGGAAUAAUUCUCCAAAAGGCUAAAUAUACUACUUGGAACUUUGGGAAGGAGCUUUUACAUAUAGCUAGCAUCCUCAUUGCCUAAAAUCUGUUUAACAGAUUCACUACUGAUGCAGCACACAACCCGAGAAAACUUGGUACUGAAGUUGUAUUCACUGGUUUCAUUCAAUUAUUAUUAUUAUUUUUUCUGCCAAUGAUGGCUUUUUAUCAUAACUCCAGUCCAAGAAAUUGUUGCAUAUUUAGUUUACUGUACGGUAGACUACAGGAUGUGAUUUCUGUACAUAUCAGACUUGUAGACUCACUCAACAGGUUAGUAGCGAUCAUUACAGGUGCAUGGACAGGCAUUAUCAUGUCAUUUGUGUUGUGAACAGAGGAAAACGUAUAAUAGAACUCAGUCUGUUCUGUUGACUUGAUAUCUAUAUGGAGAUCAUGAACCAAGUAGGCUACAACAGGAAUAAUAAAUCCUAUUGGUUCUAUUAUAUCAAUCUAAUCAUGAAUCAUAUUGGUAUAUCCAUGAUAUUAUCUUGUUUGGCCUAUAGGCUGUAUUCUGCCCCACUACCCCACACAUAGUGACUGUGGUAUGACAUUGUAGGUACUGUAUAAUAUAGAUUUGAUAUGAUGCGUAUUGACAGGGGGACCUUUCAGCGUAAGCUUAGAGACAUCCUUCCCAGGACUAUCUCUCUCUUUCACAACACGCCAGCUAUGAAUCAGUGCUAAAGCACCACUCUUCGUCUGCUUCCCAAAUGGCACACCAUUCCCCACAUAGUGCACUACAGGGCCCCUAUGGGCCCUGGUGAAAGGUAGUGCACUAUGUAGGCAAUAGGGUGUCAUUUUGGCUGCAUACCUUUGCUCCCACCCUCCCUGAAGUCAACUAUUAUUAUCUUCAGUUUGUCCUGCUAAUGUAUAAUUGCGGAGCAUCAGCUUUUUUCGUUGACCAUGUUUUUGAUGCAGCCUUGAGUAGGAAAAGCUGACAGGUGGAAUGCUAAUGUACUAUCCAGCCUUUGGAGUGUGUCUGAAGUUCUCUCUUCAUCCAUCUCCUGUUGGCAGACAUUGCACAGCUUCCUCCUUCUUAUGCGUUUCAACCUACUGCUCAUUGAGCAAUCUUUUCCAUAAUUGUCAGAGCCGUUGUUUAAAGGAAGUGGUGGGUAACUGAAACAGGAACAAGAUAGGAUGAGGGCAUUGGAGAACAACAUCAACUACUGACUGCCUCAGGUCUUCAAGCCUGAGUGCAUUUUUAAAGAUUUACUGUAUCUAUCUAGGUUUUGUACAUUGAAUGUUGAAAAUGUUAUAUCUUAUAUAGAAUGCAUAAUGUCAUAUCAAACCUACUUUUUCUAUACAAUCAAUAAAUCUGAUGGUAA